AUGGCCGACCAUCUUUUGCAUUACAAUGACUCUGCUAGUGUUGGAAACAGGUUCGCGCGUAAAGGUGCUUUGCGGCAGAAAAAUGUCCAUGAAGUGAAAAACCACAAAUUUACAGCAAGAUUUUUUAAACAGCCGACGUUCUGCAGCCACUGUACAGAUUUCAUAUGGGGAUUUGGAAAACAAGGAUUUCAGUGUCAAGUGUGCUGUUUUGUGGUCCACAAGAGGUGCCAUGAGUUUGUUACCUUCUCAUGUCCUGGAGCUGACAAGGGCCCUGACACAGAUGACCCCAGAAGCAAACACAAAUUCAAGAUCCACACGUAUGGCAGCCCCACGUUCUGCGACCACUGCGGCUCUCUGCUGUACGGCCUCAUCCAUCAGGGCAUGAAGUGUGACACCUGUGACAUGAAUGUGCACAAGCAGUGUGUGGUGAAUGUGCCGAGUCUGUGCGGGACCGACCACACAGAGCGCAGAGGACGUCUGUUUCUCAAGAUAGAGGUCAGCAUGGACAGGCUACAUGUCACAGUGGGAGAGGCCAGAAACCUGAUUCCCAUGGACCCCAAUGGUUUGUCAGAUCCCUAUGUCAAACUGAAACUGAUCCCAGACCCGAAGAAUGAGACCAAACAGAAGACAAGAACCAUCCGCUCCUCGCUCAACCCCUGCUGGAACGAGUCCUUUACUUUUAAACUGAAAGCAUCAGACAAAGACCGGCGCCUGUCCAUUGAGGUGUGGGACUGGGACCGGACCACCAGGAACGACUUCAUGGGCUCCAUGUCGUUUGGAGUGUCAGAGCUCAUCAAAGCUCCCAACUGUGGAUGGUACAAGUUGCUGAACCAGGAAGAAGGAGAGUACUACAAUGUUCCCAUCCCAGAAGUUGACGACGUAAACUUUGAACUCCGUCAGAAAUUUGAGGCCUGCCAGUUAAAUAUCCACUAUUUAAAGAAAGCCAAGUUAGGCCAUGGCAAAAAAAUGAUCACACCAACCGAUCAUCGGCGCUUCAGCCUGCCCUCUGGGAACAUGGACCGGGUCAGACUCAGCGACUUCAACUUCCUGGCUCUGCUCGGAAAAGGCAGCUUUGGCAAGGUGAUGCUAGCUGAGAUGAAGUCCACUGAGGAGCUGUAUGCAAUCAAGAUCUUAAAGAAAGACGUGGUGAUCCAGGAUGAUGACGUUGAAUGCACGAUGGUGGAGAAGCGGGUGCUGGCCCAGAGAGACAAGCCCCCUUUCCUCACACAGCUACACUCCUGCUUUCAGACGGUGGACCGACUUUACUUUGUCAUGGAGUACAUCAAUGGAGGCGACCUCAUGUACCACAUCCAACGCAUGGGCAAGUUCAAAGAGCCACAGGCAGUAUUUUAUGCAGCAGAGAUUGCCGUUGGAUUAUUUUUCCUGCAUCGAAGAGGAAUCAUUUACAGGGAUCUGAAACUGGACAACGUGAUGCUGGACUCAGAAGGUCACAUUAAAAUCGCAGACUUUGGCAUGUGCAAAGAAAACAUGUACGAAGGCAUGACCACGCGCACCUUCUGUGGUACACCUGACUACAUCGCUCCAGAGAUUAUUGCAUACCAGCCUUAUGGGAAGUCAGUGGACUGGUGGGCCUAUGGAGUUCUUCUGUAUGAGAUGCUUGCAGGACAGCCCCCUUUUGAUGGUGAAGAUGAGGACGAGCUUUUCCAGUCCAUCAUGGAGCACAAUGUGUCUUAUCCCAAAUCCAUGUCGAAAGAGGCAGUGUCCAUCUGCAAAGGACUGAUGACCAAGCACCCAUCCAAGCGCUUAGGGUGUGGACCAGAGGGCGAGCGCGAUGUCCGGGAGCAGGCCUUUUUCAGACGCAUCGACUGGGAGCGCCUCGCCAACAGAGAGAUCCAGCCCCCCUUCAAACCUAAAGUGUGCGGCAAAGGUGCGGAAAACUUCGACAAGUUCUUCACCCGCACCCAGCCCGUCCUGACCCCACCAGACCAACUGGUGAUCGCCAACAUCGAUCAGAGUGAGUUCGCGGGCUUCUCCUACAUCAACCCUCAGUUCCUCCACCCCUCGCUGCACAGUGUGGUAUGA